GCGCGGCCGCCUCCCCGCCGGCCUCUCCGGCCUCCGCGACCUGCAGUACCUGAUCUUGGAGAACAACCCCAUGGGCGGCGUCCCGCUGCCGCCCGAGCUGGGCAACAUCCCCAGGCUCCAGGAGCUCCGGCUGGCCAACUCCGGCUACUCGGGCCCCAUACCGGACACGUUCGGCCUCCUGUCCAGCCUCACCACGCUGUCGCUGGAGAACAACAACCUCACCGGGCGGAUCCCGCCGGGGCUCAGCCGUCUCAAGCGCAUGUACCACCUCAACCUGAGCAAGAACGGGCUGGACGGCGUCGUCCCUUUCGACGCCGCGUUCCUCAGGCGGCUCGGCCGGAACCUGGACCUGAGCGGCAACCCGGGGCUGUGCGUCACCGACCGGGCCGUCAUGCCGGGCGUGGGCGUCGGAGUCUGCGGCGACGACGUCGUCGACUGCGAACGGUCCGCCGCCGCGGAGAGCUCGGUCGUCGGGAGAGUGGUCAGGGGAGAGGUGACGACGGGUCGCUGGCCGGCCGGGCUGCUCAGGCCCGCCGCGGUUGCGCUGUGCAGCUGCCUUUUGCUAUGAGCUCCUCUGAUCAUCCAG